CCAAAACUCACAGAGGAAGAACUUUCCCAACGUAUUGCUGCCGCGAAGGAAAACGCUGCUAGAAAGGCGGCCGCCCAUGCUCGCGCUGAAGCUGACCAGGCCUCCUUCCUGGAACGGGAGAAGGUUGCAGAAGAGAAGCGGCGCCAAGAACGCCAGAAUCGCCGUGUGAUGGAUAACGAACGAGAGCGCAAUCGGCAGCGAAAACUUCAGGCUUUGAACGGUAGAGAGUGGGACUCGCAGAAGCAGGAGGAAGACUAUAAUCCUCGCGGAGGUAGAGGGCAGUUUCGACGCGCAAUGCAUGGCGGUGUCUCUGGAUACGUUAGACGAGACUUUGGAGAUUCGCAGCCUAGUGAAGACACGGACAAUCAUCAUCAUAACGGCCACCGUGGCCGAGGUCGUGGUGGAAGAGGCGGCCGUGGACGCAACGGCCGCGGACCACGAGGAGACACUGCAGCACCUGAAGCCACAACGAAUGGACUGGACAACACUGAGCAAAAGCCUGCACCCGCUCCGGUUAUCGAUAAUGAAGCCGAAUUUCCUUCCUUGCCCGGUGGCAGUAAGAAGGAGAGCACAGUCAAGACUGACACUACUACCGCCCAGCUCGAGGCCGUUUUAUCACCGCUAUCUGUCACCGGGGCUACAUGGGCGGAGCAAGUUGAAAAUAACUAA